UCUAUUGUUUGCUCGUGCGAUUGUUUAAUGCGAGUGCUUUUUCUAGUUUUGCUUCGUUUGCAGAGAUUGUUUAAAGUGAUAAUGGAGAAUUUCAGAGAGUUGAAGUUGCGCAUCUCGGACAAUGCAGAGUCCGAGGAUGACGCCUGGUCUUGGCCAGGUGUCAUAAGGGUGCUUCCGAAGGAUGCGGAGGAGAAGUGUCAUAAACCGGACGUCAAACGGGUGGUGGUCGUAACUCCGGACGACACCGCCUCGUCUCUCGUCCAAUAUCUGGAAAGGCGAUAUCCGGAGGUUCCGGAAUGGACGGUGGAGACACCGUCGGGUGAGACCGGAGUGGACAGAAAGGAGUCCGAAGAGUCCGCCGAGCGUAAAAGGCCUUGGUGGAAAAGGUUGUUUUGCUGCUGGAAGACAUAAAUCUCUUUUCUGGCCAGGCCUUCUUGCGCAGAUUUCGACUUUUCACCGAAUGUAACAUCGCCAUUCGGAAGUGACCUUACACCCAAAUAUGACACUCACCAGGAAUUGACCUUUCAUCCGGCUACGACUUAAUCGACUGGACUUGACUUUUCAUCCCAAUUUACGGACGGAUACUUCGACACCAUUGGAGAUUCGGUUAAAAGCAUAGAACAACAACAGUGACAUCAAGCAGUGUUCUCGUGUUUAAUUAAAGACUGUUUAAUCGGCUAUAACUGGCCAAAACGACUUACAUCCUACAGGCAUUUACACAGUAUUUCAUCCGCUAAAAACUUUCGCCGCCAAAUAACGAAUAUUCGCCACUAAAAGGCAUACCAGACGAAUUUAAAUAAAGCCAAAAAUACACGUACUCGCUUUGUGU